UACUCGAAUAUACACACAAUUAUCGCAUUGUUGUUGUUGUAAAAAUGUACGUACAUUGUACUACACACGAACUCCAACCCAAGAAAAAAUCCCUUAUAAUUACCCUAACACUACUUGCACACACACACACAGCCAAAACCUUACCUAUCAAGUUAACAAUAUUUCUAAACAAUAUGAACGGCAUGAGUGGAUCUUCUUCGGCGGCUCCUGCACCUUCGCCGUCGGAUUUCUUCCAACAUCGCCACCGUCAUCAUGGUGGCAUGAUGCACAUGACUUUCUUUUGGGGAAAAAACACCGAGGUUCUAUUUGACGGCUGGCCAGGGACCAGUCUGACUAUGUAUUGGGUCUGCCUAGCCGCCAUUUUCGCAUUUUCAGCAUUGUCAGAAUGGAUUUCGCGGUGCGGGGUCAUGAAAGCCGGUCCGGCUACCUUUGGCGGCGGGAUAGUCCAGACGGUGGUUUACACUGUGAGGGCUGGUUUAUCUUAUUUGAUCAUGUUGGCUGUAAUGUCAUUCAAUGGAGGAGUCUUCUUGGCUGCAAUGGCUGGCUUUGGAUUAGGGUUUAUGAUUUUUGGAAGUAGGGCUUUUAAGGACACUGCUGGUAAUCACACUCACACCGACGUUCAAUCACAUUGUUGACUUCCGAUGAGCAUAUAAUAAUAAUGAAAAUAAAAUCACAUUUUGGGAAUUCAGUAUAUUUAUUCUCUUUUUUUUUGAACGACUAUUCUCAUUUAUGGUCUUGUUUAGGUCUAAUAUUUUGUGAUCAGUUUUAGUUCAAUAAAAACGUUCAUCUACAUAA